GAAAAAACCCGAAACAGCCAAAUUCUCAAAAACAUUUCAUUGUCCAAUUCCAAGUUUCCCAAACAAAGUUCCCGCCAAUGCAAGAGUGAGAAACACAUACAAUAGGACAAUGGCACAUUUCUGAAACCUUUCUUCUUCUAAACCAACCCAACCCCCACAAAUUUCAUCUUUUUUUUUUAUCGCACAGAGUUCAAUUAGAUUGUGCCCUAAAAAUGGGGAUACAGGGUCUACUUCCGCAACUGAAAUCGAUAAUGUCGCCAUUACACAUUAAGGAAUUAGAGGGUUGUUGGGUUGCCAUUGACACCUAUUCCUGGCUUCACAAAGGUGCUUUGUCUUGCAGUGCCCAACUUUGCAAGGGCAUCCCCACUUCUAGGCACAUUGACUAUUGCAUGCACAGAGUAAAUUUGUUGCGUCAUUAUGGUGUCAAACCAAUUCUUGUCUUUGAUGGAGGUGAUCUGCCUAUGAAGGGUGAGCAGGAGAAUAAACGUGCACGCUCUAGGAAGGAAAAUCUUGCACGGGCUAUUGAGCAUGAGUCAAACGGAAAUUCUAAGGCUGCAUAUGAAUGCUAUCAAAAGGCUGUUGAUAUUUCCCCAGCAAUUGCUUAUGAAUUGAUACAGGUUUUGAGGCGGGAAAGUGUUUGCUAUAUAGUGGCCCCUUAUGAAGCAGAUGCGCAAAUGACAUUCUUGGCAGUUACUAAACAGGUUGAUGCAGUAAUCACAGAGGACUCAGACCUUAUUGCAUUUGGUUGUCCAAGAAUUUUCUACAAGAUGGAUAAAUAUGGACAAGGCGUUGAAUUUCAGUUUCACAAGCUACAAUACAACAAGGAUCUAAAUUUUGCUGGAUUUACUAAUGAGAUGAUACUAGAGAUGUGUAUCCUCAGUGGCUGUGACUAUUUACCAUCACUUCCUGGCAUGGGCCUAAAAAGAGCUCAUGCUCUGAUAAGCAAAUUCAAAACGUAUGAAAAGGUAAUUAAACACUUGAAGUAUAGCUCUGUGGCAGUUCCUCCUCUCUAUGAAGAGUCAUUCAAGAAAGCAGUGUGGACGUUCCGGCAUCAAAGAGUUUACGAUCCAAACAAAGAGGAUAUUGUCAAUCUAACAAUUAUCUCAGACAAUAUUGACGGAGUUACCGAUUUUUUAGGCCCAUCGAUGCCUCAACAAAUAGUCAAAGGCAUAGCAAAAGGUGAGCUUGACCCGAUCACUAAACUACCGUUUCAGGGUGAGAAUGCUCAUGAGAAUUCACCAUUCCAUACAUCUUCUCAACUCAGUUUUAGACCUGAAAGCAACAAAAUGAAGCUAGAUUUGCCAGCACAGAAGAAUGUUAUGACUAACUACUUUUGUUUUGCAUCACUAGAAGCGAAGAGGAAGUUCAGGACCCCACGAGUCUCACCAAAAGAUUCAGAUUCAGGAAAUGACUAUUCCCCUACUCUGGUUAAACAAGUUAGUAAAGAAAAUGGUUCACCAUCAGAAUUAUUGCUUAGUCAGGUGGUUCAGGGUGAUAACAUGUCUUCUCAUAAUUCGAUGGAUAAUGGGUUUUCCCAAAAAGAGAUUGAGGAUAAUGAUUCUCCAGAUAAUGGAAGUCUGGGGGAAAAUCCUUUGGAGCAAUCUCACCGUUCAAUUCAUAAACCUUGCAUGGUUAUGCGUAGGGGUCGUGAUGACGAGCAUGGAGCCUGGACAUUCUCAGAAAAGAAAAACCUGCAAGAACAGCACACCACCAAAAGCUCUUCUUUCCAGCAUAACUCUGUUUGUGAGAGUGAUCCUAGUUACAGAACUAACAAAUCCAUUUUGAGGCGUUCUUAUUUUGUGGAUAAACCAGAUGACAACAAUCUAUUGGGGACGAGUAAAAAAGUUGUCAUUAAAAGUUCUUACUUUAAACAUAAGUCCAAAACCACUGGAAGUUAUGUAAAUGACAGCUGCUUAGCCAAGGACAAUUCUUCUGUUGAUGGUGACAUUAGUGAGAAGAUUUUACCAGAAAUGAUCUCAGAUGGGAAUGACUAUGAUGAAAACUUGUAUAUUAAAAGAAAAGCUUCUUCUAGUCUUAACCCCCAGGAACAUGUAGAAAACAAGCAUGCUCGGACAGAUACAUACGUGGAUGCAAAAAGUGCCGAUGGUGACAAACCAACAGAUGUGGUGCCUGAAGAAGAAAAAUUUGGGUGCAAAAUAUCCCAUUUGAGACAUUACUCUGAUAUAUCAGGGAAAUCGAUGGAAAAUUUUGUUUCUGUAGUAUCUUCAUUUAGAUUCGGCUCAUCUGGAUCUCGUGCCAGUGGGCUCCGUGCCCCGUUGAAAGAUGUAAAAAACGUAAAUCCUAACAGGAUACCUGCUGCCACUGACAUCGGGAAUUUCUCAUACGUACCAAAGAGUGCCAAAAUUAAGCCUAAGAGAGUAUCAUCUCAAAGACACUGAAAUUCAGUAGUUUUUGUUAAUGAAUUGUUGACUGGUUUCUGUACAUUAGACCUUUUUCAGUUUUCACAAUGGAGGCAGGCUUACUGCGAUGGAUUUAAACAGCUGCAACGACUUUCUGGUAAAAAAUUGAAGAAUCAGCUUCAAAUUUGAAUACCUGCGAGUUGGCAGUACUGUACAUCUGUACUUCUAUCAUUUCUUCUGAUUGUAAUUUGUAGAUUGUAAUUCUUUCAUGGCCCAUGGAGUGUCCAUUAUGACAUUAUAGCCUUAUUUUUGGCCUUGGACUGUAUAAUUUCUGUAUUAUGGGUCUGUCUCCAUUGUUGACACUUGACAGUGACACACCUCCAUUCUUUUGAAUGAAAUUAAUAUGUAUUUACAUGUUCAAA